AUCAACAGUCUCACCACCACUGUUCGCCUGACAACUUCAUCAUGCGUGACGCUCUUCUUCUCGCUGCGCUUUCUGCGCAAUCGGCCGUGGCACAAAACAUGCUUCGGUUUGCUUGUUCACAGCUCACCAUCGAGCGUGCGGAUCCUCUGGUCAACCCCGGAUUGGCUCCGUCCCCCCAUACUCAUCAGAUUAUCGGAGGAAACUCCUUCAAUCUCACGAUGGAGCCAGGUGUCUAUGACCUAGCUGCUCGCUCUACCUGCACCACCUGCACGUACUCUGAGGACUUCAGCAACUACUGGACCGCCUCCUUGUACUUCAGGUCGCCUGAGAACGGCACAUUUCAGCGCGUUCCCCAAUUUGCAAACGUCGGCCUCCAGCAAGACGGGGGCAUGACAGUGUACUACAUGCCCUACAGCGCCGUCAACGGGAAGAUGACCGCCUUCAAACCUGGUUUCCGAAUGCUCGCAGGAGACCCCAUGUCCAAGAAGAACAACAGAGCUUCCAUCUGCCAUCGCUGUCUUGGCAACGGGGAGGGCUUCGCACCAUGCGAUAGCAAAGACACUGGCGAGCUGCCGACCAAGUACUGCCCCAAGGGAAUCCGCGCCACUAUCAUCUUCCCCUCGUGCUGGGAUGGGAAGAAUCUUGAUUCCCCGGACCACAAGAGCCAUGUUGCAUACUCCAACGGCGGAGGUCUUGGAAGCCCCAAGUGCCCCAGUUCUCAUCCCGUCCCGAUUCCGCAGGUAAUGUAUGAAAUAAUGUGGGACACGGGAAAAUAUAAAAACGAUGCCUGGUAUAAGAAUGGCAAACAACCUUUUGUUUACAGUUUUGGUGACAAUGUUGGAUACGGCCAGCACGGUGAUUAUCUGUUCGGAUGGAAGGAUGACUCCUUACAGAGGGCUAUGGACGCGCUUCCAUCUGGCAAGUGCGCUAAUGCCAAUUGCAGCGUCCUCAAGAUACAAUCUGCGAAGGACGCUAUGGCUUGCAAGAAGAAGCAAAUGGUGAAGGAAGAUGUUGGACAGGAUGGCGCGUGGCUUAAAGAGCUUCCCGGCGGUGUUAAAGUCAUGUAUGACUGA